AUGGACGUUCUAAAAAGUCUUCAUACUUCUGUUGCUCAAAUAUGUGAAAAAGCCUUCGAUGACGCGUAUAGAGAUUUGCAUGCCGAAAUCAUAUGUCGCGACAGCAAAGUGGAAGAGGCCGAAAAGAAGGCCAAAUGCGCAGAGGAAGCCCGAGAUGAAUCCGCUGCAGAAACACAGGAACUAAAACAUGAAAUCCUCAUCUUACGAGAAGAAUUGGUACGCAUUGAUGUCGAUGCAGAGUGCGCAGAGCUCUCUGAUGAUCGGGUCUCUAAGUUGAAAGAAACGUUCUCACCCCAAAAUUCUCUAAUUUUCGGCGACAACGAUGCUGUCUGCGACUUUGGCCUCGGUUCCAAGAAGAAUGAAAGUGUCAAGGAAAACUAUUGUGCACUAUACAACGAAUUCAUGACUCUGCUCAAGGCCACCGAUGGCCUUAGAAUCCAAAUCAAGCGUCAUAAAAGAAAACUGACAUAUUGGCGAGAGUGCCUUGAUCGAGAUAAGUUUACUCUUGUGCUUGAUGGGAUCCCCGUCAAAUUUGAACGGACACGAAAGACUCUGAACGGAAGCCAGGCCCAGAAGCCAACGUCGUCUCAUGAAGCUAAACCACCCUUCCAUUUCGACGAAGGCCUCAAGAAGGGUGGCCCGAAACUUCAUUUAAAACCACCCAGUACCAAGUCAGGUGGCCACUGUGGUCUGUCAUCCUUAGAUCCAGAGCGUGGAUUGCCAAACGAAAAUACAUUGCCGUUUGAGCCCGGUGGAGUUUCCACGCCGAACUCUACACUGCCUGUGCCGGAAGACGAAGUAAAUGGCCAAAAAGCCAGUUUUAAAGCAGAUACCCUGCAGCAACCACAUGUAUCGAAGAAGAGGCCUCUUAAAUCGUACAACCCGAUUUCUGGGGUCCCACCGUCCAACAAUGGCGCGACAGUUCGUCAAACCGAACAUUUGAGCCUCCUAAGAAAAGAACAAAUGCCGUCAGGUCUCUUAGGAGGGCCAUCGCAUCGAGCCAAACCCCAUCAAACCGAGGAUUCCAAUAAUACGACCAAAAAUGCUGAUUCCCCAAAGGAGAGACAAUUCAAUAACGGUCUUCGUCACAAAGUAACCCCGCCAACCGUCCUGCCUUCGCCGCUGGCGACAGCAGACGGAAAUUUCCGAGCUCCUACUGCAAACCCAGGAUCUUCCGGAUACCCAACUAGUUAUUCACCGCAUAGUUGCCCGAAAAGCGAUCAUGACGGUAGCCCAGGACCGAACAGGACACAUGAGAAAGUUCCGCGAAGGUCUUUGAAACAUGCAAUAUCAUCGAUCGCGGAGGACAGUGAUAAAGGUAACUGUAAGCGACGCAUGCCAAACUUGCCACGGGAUGGCGUGUCCGGGACCAAAAGCUCUCAUUUACAUCUCAGCAGGGACGCUCCUCCCACUGAGAAGCGGUUACAGGAACUACUGGAAUCACCUUUACUUCCUCGAAACUCACUACGACCGCACAGAAGCAUUCGGGCGGAGGUUAAAGGAAAGAAUCAUGGUCGGCAUGACCGAGACUUCACAAAGCUGGCUAAUAGCGAGUUAUAUUCCAACCCACAAUCUACACCAGCACCAACCGAAGAGAUGCAAGUGCCAAGUGCGCGACCCGAGCUUCCAAGUGAACUUACAUCACGGGCGGAUGAUUGUGAGGCCAGUGGAAUGCGUCCGAUGAAUGAGUCUUAUCGAGCUCGACCGGUGCACGAACUUGAUCUAAGUCAUUUUAAGAUAAACCCCGAUUAUAACCAAGGAUUGAAUUUUGCAUAUGAUGAUGUUGUUCGGAAGAGACAUGAGCGCGAAUCUAUCCAGGGUUGCAUGCGCUCGGACUGCUGCGGCAAGAAAUUCCUUGCGAUGGCACGUCUCGGUGGUGUACCAAACGACCCCAGCCAGUGUGGAAAUGAUGACCGGCAAAUUAUAGAGGACUAUCUUGGAGAAGAAAAGGGCAUAAUUGAUCGGAUGGCAACCGCGGAGUAUCAAGAUAUCCUCCACGAGGCGAAAGCAAGGCUCAUGGCCAACCACUAUGGGCGACAUAAGCAUCAUCACCAGCGACCCUCCACUCCCCCUGGUUUCUGGCGUGCAGACAUGCCGGACACACAAGAAAUGGAACAUGACCAUGAAGCAGCCUGCGAAAUGGAAAAAGAGAAGGUCAAGGAGCGAUAUAGGCAAGCGAUGAGACCUGGUGGCUUGUGGAAUCUUUGCAAGUUCCUAAAACAUACAUAUGUGGUUGACAUGGAACCCUCAUGGAAAAAUCGCAGCAUAGUACAGACAGUACUUUUCCAACCGUCUAAAUGGCUCCCUCUUUACGAGGACUUUGUGACCAAGAAUGCUAGCUCUGUCGGUCAGGUGGAAUCAGCACUGAGGUCUUUAACAUAUAUCAUUCCAGGACGAUACAGAGAUUCGGAAAUACCGUCAGAAUGUGUGCAUUCUGGCGUACAAAUUCUAUCGCUGUAUCAUGACUCUCUCGUUUCUCGAGUCAUUUCUAGACUGCCGUCCACUGUACAUCGACCCACACCAACACCUCAUUCCCGGUAUACGAAAUAUUGGACAUCCAGUUCAGCCCUCUAUCACAGGGUCGCCCUGACUCUUCAAAUGAUACAAUACACAGAAUUGCUCUGGGAAAUGAUUGCGCGACGCCGCGGUGAAAGAAUUCGUUGGAGGGUGGUUGCCUUUAUCGAAGUUAUAAAAGCAAUUUGCCGCCUAUUUUUGCUCCAUCUAACACACUCCAGGCCUCUAGUUAGUCCUCCUUUACCGGAGCGUGAGGUUGAUCCAAGAUCCUUGGGUGUCGAGGAAGAAGACGACUGGAACGGGAUGCAGACGCCAGAUUGCGAGCGGCCCUCUGACAUGAGCUGGACCAUGCCGCGGACAGGCUUAUCACUGCCUUCUCUUCCAGAUGUGAACGAUGUGUCCAGUUAUCUCAUUUCUAAGGUUCUCACAGCCGAUGACAUCAAACCACCCAAGGCACUCUUGCAUCGAGUCACCGGUCAUGGCCACUUAGCGGAAGUGCUUUAUAUUCUUCGACCAGUCCUGUAUGCUCUUGCGAUGCAAAGGUGGAGAGGCAAUAAAAGGAGUUGGAGACCCUGGCUGAUUGGUUUCGGUAUGGAGUACGGCUGCCGACAACUUGCCAAAUCUGAUUUUAAAGAGAGGGUUGCCGGUGGCCUUCGGGGGCUGACAGGCCUUGAGCGCGAGGAACUACGGAAGAGAGGAUGGGCCAUGGGCUGGUGGUUUUUCCGUGGAGCGUUUUAUGAGAACAUAACCAAAUCUUGGUUGGGAGGGUUAACGAGGAAAAUGAAGGGGAAACCUUUACUUGAUUUGGUGGGGAGCGUGGUUGAAGAUUACGAAUAUUUGUGGGAUAAUUACUAUUUCUCGACUGCAACGUUGUAG